AUGAAGCUAAAUAAUUUGUUAUCCAUAUGCUCACUAUACUGCAUAUAUCAUGUCCAUGCUCGGGACCAACCACGCGCGAUUCCUCCCCGAACUAGCAAGCUCGACCGCCGUUCCGAUGAAACAAGCCCUCCAACCUUGAACAUCGAAGUGCCAAUCGAUCACUUCUCCAACGACUCAGAAAAGUUCAACACCCGAUACUGGGUGAACGCAACAUAUUACAAGCCUGGCGGGCCCGUCAUCUUCAUCGACCCAGGUGAAAAUGUUGUCAACCAGGCUUUGAUUGACAUGUUCCUUGUUGAAGCAACGUUGAACUCAUCGGGCAUGACUUUAGCUCGCAAUCUUGGAGGCCUUGCUCUUGUGAUAGAGAAUCGGUUCUAUGGCGAAAGCCUCCCCUAUCCCGUCGACGAUGAAACUGGUCUCCUUACGGCAGGCUGGGGAGGAUACCAGUACUUCACCGUCGAUCAGUCAUUGGAAGAUCUCGUCUACAUCGCGCAGAACUUUCAGCCACCAGGGUUGGAGGCUUAUUGGGACAUACUCAAACCAUCCGCCAGUCCUUGGAUUUACAUUGGUGGCAGUUACCCAGGUAUUCGUGCCGCGUUCUCCCGAAUUAGUCACCCCGAGAUCUGGUACGCUGCAUGGGUGUCAAGUGCUCCCGUUCAAACCCAGUUGAGGUUCGAGGCAUACUAUGACCAACUCGCGGAAGACAUGACCAAGAACUGCUCCCUUGAUAUCCACGCAGCUGUGGAGUACACCGAUCAGAUCCUGCGAAGUGGAACUGAGGAAGAAAUCGUUCAGCUGAAAGCGGCUCUGACAAUUGCCAACCAACCGGAACUUCUUGCCAAAGGAAUCCAGGAGAACUAUAACGAUGCCGAGAUAGCAGCGCUUGUGGCUAAUCUUACUGAGGUGGAUACUGCUAGACUGCUCCUAUCGGUGUUACCACCCAAUGUACAAUCAACCGGUUUUGAUGAAGGAAUGUUGCCGUAUUGCACAGGACUCGAGAGUUACGAUCCAGCUCCAUCGACAAGGAGUCCUGCAUCAAUUUUUGAAGCAAUCAAUAUAACUGUAUCAAAUGACCUCACCGGCACGAUCUCAGAAGGUGGUGUUGCGGCAAAAUUUGGACAACGGGCAGCAUUUGAUGCGACCGUGUCGAUGAUCUAUCACAUUUCAGUCGACUUGGAGGCAUUUGCGGACACACUCGGAAGCGUGGAAGGCAAUCCUAGGGCGUGGGAAUGGCAAUCAUGCUAUGAGCUUGGAUAUGCGCAGACCGCCAACACAUCCAAUCCACGGAACAUAGCCUCCAGCUUUCUCAAUCUUACCACGUGGCUCAACGAUUGUCAUACUAAUUUCGAUUUUCCAGAGCUUCCAGAGACGCCCGACACCGAAAGACUUCUCAAGUAUGGAGGAUGGAACAUGACUCCAUCAAAUGUCAUGUUCACUGAUGGCUUGAAAGACCCUUGGCAUAUUCUUAGCGUACAGUCCACUGCUGCAGAGUAUGGGGCUCCAAAUCGUCGAACCACAGACCAGAUACCCGCUUGUAACAAGGCCCCUUCAGGAAGCGACGUCUUUGGAAUUUUGUAUCCUAAUGGCUAUCAUAUCAACGACUUGAGCAAAGCGCUUGGUGCUGAAAACACUACUGCUGAUGAGGGUACUGCACUUUUUCUAAAGGCCUUGGAUGAAUGGCUUCCAUGUUUCCACAGCGCAUGA